CUAUCAUCUGUAUACUUAAGUCUACGGUUAGUUAAACAUCCCCGUUUUAAAUUCGUGGGAAGCCUGUCGUGAAUGAUUACUUAUGGAUAUGACAUUACCUCAUGGUUCCCGUCACAACAGCACAAUAAGAAGUUCCAAUGGCUGUUGGACGUGCCGACUGCGGCGCAAAAAAUGUGAUGAAAAUCGUCCUGUAUGUGACGUCUGCGCCGCACUCCACAUCACUUGUCACUACGGUCAGGACAAGCCAGAAUGGAUGGAUGGCGGCGCAAGACAGGAAGAGAUGGCUGAGCGUCUCAAGCAUGAAGUUAAAGAAAAUGCCCAUCUCCGUCGCGAGGUCCGCGAGGUCCGCGCGAUCCACGUCCCGGGCGAGCUUCUUGGGGCAACGACAUCAGAAAGUCUCAACAGUGAGAUAGAACCGUGUCCCGAGGCAUCCGCCAUCGCCAUCCGCCUCCAACGUGGGGCUGAUUGUAAAAUCGUCAGCAAGGAAAUUCAUGACAAUGCAUCCUUUGGUCGUUCUUGUACUGUUCUUAUUACGUUCUACCUCGAAAAUUUACUUCCCUUCUUAUUCCCAUUCUACUGUCCUUCCCCCCUCGAAGGCGGUCGGUCCUGGAUCUUGGAGAUGAUGAUAAGCAGUCCAGUAGUACGGCAGGCCACUCUAUGUCAAUCUUCAUACUUCUUCUCCCUCGCCCAGGGAACAGCUAAUCACCAUGCAGUCUGGGAGACGGUGCUCUCGCAGACCAGAGAUGCAUUUGGGGUGCUAAGAAAGUCACUGCAGGUUAUCGAUGGCUCAAGCAUCACAGAGCACCUACACGGCGCCGUGAGGAUUAUGGCAAGCGUCAUGCAAAUGCAGCGUUUCGAGAUUACUGUCUUAUGCUUCGAUAACUGCCAAGCGCAUCUAAAUGCCGGCUUGGCUCUUUUCAAACAGCUUCUCGAGAGCCCUGGCCCAGUCGAAUCGGCGGGGCCUAGUUCAAACUUCAACUCUGUCGUAAACCGUCUCGGACCGCCGACAUGGAUUUCACCCGCCCAGGAUGUCAAAGUUCAGAGUGCCGAGCAGGCUGCUUUUCGUUUCUCGUCUGCCCUUUUGAUCUUUGAUGACAUCGUUGCCAGCACGGUUCUUCAGGAGAAACCUAGGCUUUAUGAGUAUCAACACUGCCUCCUAAGUGACUCCAAUGGCACCGGUCCCCUACUCAAUCUUGAGACAGUUGUAGGAUGUCAAAAUUGGGUAUUAUUACAGAUUAGUGAAAUUUCCGCGCUCGAUGCAUGGAAGAAGCAGUGCAAGACAGCAGGAAACCUUGAUGUUAUAGACCUAGUCCGUCGCGCUACAGCUAUAAAGGAAUUUCUAGAAACUCAUCUUACUCGACUUGAAGCCGAGUCGUCAGCUAUUGCACAAAAUGGCAACAGCCUAUUAGAUGCCUUCAAUGUGCAUUAUUACCAGCAUUCAAAGACAUCCGUUUGCCAGAGCCGUCUGACUACCCGGGUCUGGGCUCAUGCAGCCUUAAUUUAUCUUAUCAUUGUUGUUUCCGGGUGGCAGCCCGCCAGCGUCGAAGUGCGUUAUCAUGUUGGUCGAGUCAUCGACAUUUUAACACAUGCAGCAUCGCCGAAAGCGUUGCUACGUACGAUGGUAUGGCCAUUCUGCGUAGCAGGCUGUCUCGCAGAACCGGCACAGGAAGCUGAUUUACGCGAAAUGGUGCUCGCGUUGCAACCGCCAAGCGUCUUCGGCACGGUACGCAAAGCGCUUGAGAUUAUGGAGAACGUAUGGCGUAACAGAGACACAAGUGAUUCUGCAAGCCGCGACCUUGCCAUGUGCUUUAGAAGUCAAGGUGAACUAGUACUACUUGUUUAAAGACAGUCAAGGAAAACGCUUUGACAUCUAAGUAUGAAGAUUCCUUAAAUCCUCAUUCCGGCUCGACCUUGUUAUUUAAACUGUACAUAACCCUUGUCCUUCACAAACGUGGCGUGCCAUGGCACAUUUCCCUCGUGAUUGGCCAAC